AUGGAGUUGGCAAUAGGCAAUGUCGUAAGUGUCUUUUUGUUUCCAAGCACGUGUUCAUUUAGACGUACAAUCUUACAAACUUGCCUGAAGAAGAGGUCGCGAGACUUAGGCACAUGAAAGUACACGAGGAACACCGCGGGCACGAAGCAAUGCAUCUGGAAAUGUUUCUGAUAGUGGUGCUGUCUUCCUUUGCCGCCCAGUUUGCCUUGAUGGCUUGGAAGAAGUAUCACUAUAAGACAUACCAUAAGGCCACGCUUCUUGGUAUGUGGGUCUUUCCGCUGAUAUAUAGCAUAUAUAUGGUUUACGUACGCUUCGUCAUCGUUUGGACUCUUUUCUCGCUAAUGACGGGGGUCAUGGUGUAUCUAAGUUCGCGACCUCGCAUCAGCACAUCUACACCAAGGUACUUACCUUUUCACCUAUGCACCGUUUUCUUUAUUCAUCGAAAGAUGGUCUAUCCGCGGAAUACUAACUAAAACAAAAGGGGUCACCCUUUUAUUGGGGAAUUCCCCAAUAAAUGCGAACUAAAAAACCGCACAAGCCUUCAGCAUGCCCAUUUCUCGAAGCGGUUUCAUUAGAGUAACAUUAGUGACUAGUCGGUGUUGGUUCAUUCGCUCGGUUAAGCCGCCACACAGCCCUUUUGGAUAACAUCACCUUGCCCGUCAUCGUCUACCCUUAGAAUUAAUAGAAACCCAGACGGGAUGUCUGGCCGCCUCUAGCCUUCUGUUUGACGUGUUCCAACGGGGCUUUUAUUGUGAGAUGUGCCUCUACACAUAAUGGGUCUUCGUUAACUAUCGUACUCGCUAAAUGGUUUAUUUGCGUACUCGAAUCGGAUGUUGAAGAGCAGAAACUGGUUGUUGAUAUUGCCAUAAAUUUAUUGUUUGAAUUCAGAAUUCAAGAAGGCUGAAAAGAUAGUCUCCAUGGCCAGAUAAGUAGAUGUUGGGUUAAUUAAAGGUUUAACAAGGUCAACGCAGACCUGUAGCUAGCGUGGCAUUGUUUACAUAUGCGCAGGCAGACUUGUCUACUUCAUGGCCUAGCAUAGAUACGAAAUACAAUCUUCUACUCGGCGAAGGAAGAAAACCAGGUUAAGAAGUAGGGGUAGCAUUCAAUGUGUAGAUUAACUGGUCACCCAUUUUUACUGGGAAGGCCACUUCUUCACUGAAAGCUCAGUAGGCUGGCGAAAAACGAUGAGUUUGUGCAUGACGUUGCUUCUCUCCGUCUAAACUUGUUUCCAGCGGUCUGGGACGUUGAAUAUGUAUUAAAUCGCUCUUUUUAGGCGUGUCUACUGGUGGUUUCUUCUGCUGCACAAGAUUUUCUACACCAUGUCAGUUGGAGGUUAUGUGGUUAUCCUGCUGGCUAUGUUCGUCCCGGACCUCUUUCCGCCAGACGUGGUUUUCGUGCAUGCUGGCUUUGCAAUGCUCUACGGUAUCUACUACGGUCUGAUUGCGCGAGACUUCGCUGAAGUCUGCACGGACAAAAUGGCUGCCCAUAUUGGCGUAAGUUAUGCCUCCCAUAGUUCUUGCCUGUCGCGUACUAUUUACCCACCGAUAGUCCAAGGACAGCUAACCGCAGCAGUUGUCGGUUUUCUACUAAUUGAUGUCUUCAGCUGCGCAGAAGGAUUUUGGGACUCGUCUGCUAUAGGACACUUCGAAUUUUCGUAAAUAAAAUAAACUGUCUUGAUAUCACACGAUAAGUCGACGGCAAGCACGUCUUUCCCUUGUAAGGUUGAUUUCUUUAAUAAAAGAUGCUGGAUAGAAAAGUUUCUAAGCUCUUCGGAGGGUCGAAAUGUCCACGUCUUGUUUGAAUAUCUUCACACCUUUAUUUCGCGAAAAUGCGGUUGCUGUUAGUCUCGGUUUGCUCUCCUUCGAUAUAACUGUAAUUCGUUUUCAGGCUAAUUUGCCUCGAACGCCUACACAUCUGUAAGAAAAUGAAUACUUAUUAAAGUCUAUUAGUUAUGAGCAAACUUGUUAGACCUUUGUACGUUGUUACCACUCAUACUUAUAUGCAUAGUUUUUCUAGGGUAACUCAAAGCGUCCUAGGUUUCGCCUAUUCAUAUCAUAGGUUGAGUAUGCAUCCCCGUUAUAUGCGCUGUUUCUGGAGAAUAAAUCACACCUUGGAGUGUUACUACUUGGGUAGCCUAAGCCCCCUCGUCAAUAUCUAAAGCCAACAUUCUUAUUUGUUUGACGCGGCUUCCAUCACACGACCGACUACUUUUAGGUCGCCUGUAUUCCAUUAAUUAUGUUAGGGGUUAGACAGGGCGUUCCCUUCACCAAACUGGAAACCGAAUGAGCAGAAAAUAAGACGUCAGGUUGGUACAUCAAGCGAUCUUAAUUUCCCGUCGAGGAUUUCGUAGCCAACGUGAAUGCAUUCUGUUCGACUUAUACGUAAUUCACACGACCAAAAUUUAAGAACGUCCGGUGCACAUUAAUUGACACGGUCUGUGAUCAUGGUUUGAUUACCCAUUCAUACUGUUAACAACUCAUCCGCCUAUAAUAAUCAGAUAAUAUUUUGUUCCAAAUUUAAAUGCUCCACCCUGUGUGGCUGUUUUUAAAUUAAUUGAAUAUCUUCCGAAUCAGCGAUCAACAUAUUGACUUUUAUCACAUCUUAUUUCGCCUGUUUUGUUGGGGCAGCUGCUGUAUGAGCCGCUGCUUUUGGGUUAAAAUGUUCUGUGAUAGUUUAGAGAGGUGCAUAGUGCAUUCCUGAUUGCUCUACCUAGUUACAGGACAAGUUGGUCCAAACAAGGCCUUGUUAUCUGACACCACAAUCUUUCUUUCGAACUAUCUUUUAACAAUUCUCCCCAGCGUCCAGAUCAUCUUGAAUUUCCAACCCUCCUGUGUCACGUUGUAUGUCCAUAAGCAGUUUAACAUGGAUUUUAAUUUGUGAUCGGGCACUGGGAGUCGGCACUGGGGCGUUUUUCAGAAAGCACACUGAAAAAUAGGAGGGCGGAGCCCAACUUAAUCACUAGGUGGUCACACCUAAACUGGUUAGAAACGUUCGUCUCUGUCUUCUGGCCCUUACCGGCACCUCUUCUCUGCUAAUCCUUUCUGACGGGCCAUUGUCAAUAACGUGCGUCCCAGAGGAACGUAUUCUGUGUUACAUGAAAACCAGAUCUGUGAGCAUUCCUGCAUGGAUAUUUUCGGUCGUUCCAUGGACCCUUGAGUCAGUAGUAGAGCGCCAAUAUCUACUUUUCUCUAAAAGUACGUCUUUAAACUUAAAUCCCGCGUCUUUCUGGCCCGAUGUCGGACAGUUUGUGAUUGAUGACGACGGACGGGCUAGGAACGGUUGCGAUGAUAAUACUGGUAGAAAAGUUGCGUCUGAAAAAACAACCUGGAGUGACUGAUAUGUUCAGGGAGGACGCUUUUAAAGUUUAUCUUCAACUUUGUUUGCAAACCAAACUAGAUUUGGCGAUAUAUCGAACGCCUGUCUGGAUCCACGACCUGGUUGGCUGAUUCCCGUUCUAAAUAAUUUAACUAGCCAGAUGUGCGUUUGGAUGCCUGUUCGUGCGCAGUGUCUUACGGGCGCGCAAGUCUCACACAAAGACAAAAUGAUGCUCAAAAUGUGCAAGAACUCUUUUGGGAAUGGACUGGGCCAGUUCUGAAUUUGGCAGUAGUUGACAUGUUCUCUGAAUGAGCAUUACCUUACAAGUGUCCUCUCACCUGCUUCGAUUUAUCCAUCUUGUUUUCAGUAGUGGCUAAAAAUCAGUGGGUUGUCAUAAUUUCCUAGGUUUACAUUCGGGUAGAAAAGACCUACCAACUGGGCCUGUAUUACGCCGUCAGUUAUUGAAAUGAGUCGCCGAAUAAACCGCUACUUUGGUAGCCUGCACAUACUCUGUUCUUUAUUGCUCGAGUUUUAUGUUGACUAGUAGAUCAAAGAGCAUAAGGCGACCAUUGCGACAGCCCUGUUUUCGAUUUGAAUUUUUGAACGACUCACGCAAUCAUUCAGCGUCAGAUGCCAACGAGUCUGGCGCACAGCUAGCAUUGCAGGGAGGGGUGUGCAUCAGCCUGCCCUUUUGUCCCCAUGAGCCCGCGUAGUUAUUUGCCUGUGCCUAGCUGGGGGUGCCGGAGACAACUGCUGGGUGGACGUUGCGCGCUGCCCUCUGGUGAGGUUUCCAGUCUAUAAGGUGUGUUUGUAUCGUCGAGUGAACUUUGGGAAGCUGAAUAGAACAGUUAGUCGAGUGGGCGUCUGACGACCAUGGUUUUUGCGCCUGUCUUGCCGUAUGAUCAUUGUGCCGGCCCGCGAUCUCGACUGCGCCAGUCAGGUGCUGUGCGUCACCUCUGCUUUCCUACCCAACCUUCAACCCACUAGCUGGUGCUCGACUUCUUGCCCGUGAUUGUCGGCCGGUUUUCGCAGCACAGUUGCAUUCUCCACAACUACGUUUUAGAUAGUUUGUAGUGCAUAAUUUCUCCGCCCCUGACGAUCGGGUCUUCGGUCGCAUCAUUUGAUGACGAGUCGGUUUGUAGACAAUUCCAACUCAGAGUAACUACAACGUUCACGCGACGACCUCCGACGUAUGCAAUAAUUCACCACAAUGUGGAUUGUUUGACUUUCUCUUCUGUAACUCUGUAGUCGCCCCACUCGAUGGACUUCCGUGGUAACCCCCAGCCAUGAGAAGGUUCAGUCCGGCUUUGUUGACAGUUGGCAUACCGCAAUGAGCCUCCACCCUUUGGUAGGGCGUGCAUGCAUAGCUCAUUUCUUAUAUCAGCGGGUAGAUGCUGUUAAAGCGUAGGAUCUGCAUCGUGUUCAUCGAUCGUCUGUGGGCCGUUGUCAUCAGUUGUCUUCUGAGUGACUUGGCGACUGACAGUGGCACUUACGAAGGCGAGUCGUUUGAGCGCCUAUUCCAUAGUGAAUCACAUAUCUCGACUGAUACUCGAAACUCACAUCUCCGCUUCUAUCGCAAAAUUAUUGUUCGUUUUGUGGGCACACAUACAAAACCCCUACAUGGUCGUAUUUCAAUGCGGCCACCCGAUUUCAAGACAAGGAUACCGUAAUAGGCGAAUUCUUGUUUCCCUUAUUGAGGUGGGUCAUCAAAACGUAGACCUUUCAGCACAGCAGUGCGAUUGAACUGAGCCGCAAAAAGUGUUCCAUCAAGGCUGGAACAAGAAUCCGGCAUAUGCGAGCCCCUUACCGUGUGGUGCAGCGGUUGAGAGAGGCUAGCCAGACAAGUGUGCACUACCACAUCGCCUUUAGUCCAUUAGCUCCAUGAAACCAAUCAAGCCUAGAUUUUACGCACCAUCUGCGACCACAGACAGCGCGCCUUUCUGUAGACGCCAGCAAUCUGGGAAACGCCCGUCAAACCAGCGCAUUCGGACAGCUUGUGCCCCCCAACACAUUGAUGGAAGUCCUGUCGAUCAGACUCAAGUGCAUGCUGCCUUUGAUCACCGGUCCACCCGCUAGGACCAGGCUGCCACCCAGCGGGUUAGUGACCCAGCCAGUAUACUUAUACUCACGAGAUGCCUAGAUCAGACACGGAGAUCUAGAUUCGGCAGCCCACGAAACAGACCUCUUGCGGAUUAUAGGUUAGUGAGGUCUGUUCGCUCAGUCUAUGUAACUGUCAGUGUUUGAUUCGCAGACUACUAAGGCUCAGGAUAACAAGGGCGUCCGAACACAGCUGACAUGUUAGUUGUUAUUCAGCGACCAUUUCUCCUCUCGAACCUUGUAGCCUUUCUUAUUUUCCCUGCCAACGAGUGAUUUUGCACCUCGCUGUUUAGUACUACACCGCCGACGGAAUGCCAACUCGACGCAUUGAUCCGGGCGUCUGUGCACUGUGCACCAACAUCAUGCAAAACGACGAUGUGGAGAAGAAGUACCGACUAAACUGUUCUCAUGUGUAAGUGUCGCUGUCCUCCUAGCCUGAAAUUCAUUUUUAUACUUAAAAUCCGAAGGCACACCAAACGCUGCAAUCCGCCGACGUUCAUCACGACAGACGCAGACUUUUUGGCAGGUUUUUUAAACUUCAGCUGUUUUCAGUUGUAUGUAAGACCAACAGGAGUGUUCAGCAACUGUGAUUUAGUCGUCCAGUUCGUACGCCGACCAUAAUCACAGUGGGCGUUAACCCCGUCGCAGGAACCAACAAAAGUUCGUUUGUGUGACAUCUUAGGGGAGCUUAUCAUUCUGGUGUCGGCCUCCGUGUGUGGUUGCAGACCUUAUCUGUGGGACAGCGGAGAACACUUGUGCAGUUAAAAACGCACUUUUAGAUCGCUGUCGAGGGUAGUUUGGUACUGCACUAGUAUGGAAUCGGACUCAGUGCCUUAAAACAAAUGCAAACUUUCUUGUCACCCACGAAGACCGUCCCCUUGUAGCCGUUAGAAUGUUUUUUUUCGACUAAACCACGUCGGUCUACUGAAAUCAAAUCCAAUAUCAUAGAUGUGCAUCUUUCCGAUUUUAUGCGGCUAGGUAGUGUACACACAGAAUCGGCGCGUUCCCAGAGUCCCUGUAGCACCUAGCGUUCCGCGAUUACACUGGGAGACGUAUGACAAUGAUCGUGAGCACGGCUUCUCUGUGACAAGUCAAUCCUGCUAAGCGAGAAAUUGAACUGAUGGCCUCCACGACUAACUGAGAGCGUACAAGGUUGAAAUCAUUAACUUUCACAUAAGCGAAGGUCGAAUAAGGGCGCUGUUCAGUAGCCUGAAUCUGAUGCCUAUUUUUACUUCCAAAUUUUAGCUUCCAUGAAUUUUGCCUGCGCGGGUGGUGCAUCGUUGGCAAGAAGGAUAUCUGCCCCUAUUGCAAGGAGAAGGUCAACCUAACGAAGAUGAUUAAGAACCCGUAUCCUUUUAAUCUAUUUUAGGCUAUUAUAAGUCGUUCAUGCAUGCACUUUUACCGAACAAAUUUGAGUUGUUUCCCUUAACGCGAUUAUCUCUGUAGGUGGGAGAAACCCCACAUCCUGUUUGGUAAUCUCCUGGACGUGAUUCGAUACCUGAUCGCCUGGCAACCCCUCAUCCUAUUCACUGUCCAUGUCGUCAUUUAUCUUCUUGGCUUGAAAUGA